ACGAGGUCCAUUUGGCCCCCAAUGGACCCACAUGGUAUCGUGUACCAAGUACCACCUGUUGCACCGUCAAACCACAUAAAAAGAAUCUCGGUGCUGCGGCACUGCCUACGUUCCUCCCUCGCUCUUUUCUUCUCUUAACCCACGUCCUCAGAUUUCAAACCGUCGUUUUUGGUUUCGAAUGUUCGAAGCGUCCGUUAAAAUCAUCUCAUCUCGCCACUGCGGAGCCGGUCGGUCGCGUUCAUUGCUGAAAUUCUUGACCAUUUAGUUGUGCGUCGUCACAUUGCUCAGAGAGCGAGACAGGAAGUAGGGAUUAAAUGUCCAUGUGAAUACAGUGUUAUAGAUACAAAGUGAUUCUAUUGUGUUAUGGCAAAGACUGUGAAUACGUAAAAUACCUAUUUAUAAAUAUAGGAGAAGAAGAACAAAAAAAUGAGUGAUUCUGGAGAUAAUCUUAAAUAUAAAUGGACCCCGGAUAGUACGACGCUAUUGGUAUCUGUUUGGACUGAUAAACAGGUACAGAAACAGUUGGAAUACACAACCAAGCCACAAUUAAUAUGGGAAAGUGUCGCGCGAUACAUGAAAAAAAAAGGUUAUAAUGUAACAGCAAAACAAUGUCGAUCACGAAUGAAACAAGUCCUUGUUUGUUAUCGUGAAGCAAAAAGAGUUGGAACUCGUGCUGGUGUUGAACAAUAUUAUGAUUGCAUUGACAAGGUCCUAAAAAAUCGAAGAUCAGAUCAAAUUAAUCUUAAUGGAAUUGAUACUGUGGAUUCGACAAAUAACGUAAAAUCACCUCCAAAGGACGUGAAAACAAAUAAAAAUCUCCAGAUGCGCUAUAAAUAUCAUACGCCAAUUGAAUCGCUUUAUCGGACUGAAGCUCUUUCGCCAACCUGGACAGCAGCAAAAGAUGAAGACUAUCCAGACUCACCAGAAUCUAAUGAAACAGUACUUGCACAACCAUUUCGAGUACUUUCUCCUGUUCGCGAUGCUGCAACAAAUACUCGACAUCAACUAGAUCAUUUUACGAGAAAAACUUUGCAUUCAAAUGCUCCUACUGCCACCAACAUCAUUAUGAAACCAACAGCAGUUAGAGAAACUUUUCAUACAAAUUCAUUGUCCAACAAUCGUUUUAGCGAAAUACCCUUUCAGAAUACCGUGCAAAAUGUACAAAAUCAAAUAAUUCAAGAGAAUAUGCAACAAAAUCAAGCUUAUCUACAACAAAACUUAUUGCAAAAUCAAUUAACUGGCAAUAAUUUAUUGCAAAUGAAUCCAACUUAUCGGCAAAAUUUAUUGAAUACCAAUGAAGCAUUAUACGCUGGACAAGGAGUUCAAUGGCGAACUGUCGAAAAUGAUAAUUUGCCAAAUCAAAUUCUACUGAAUCAAAUUCAAUCGGAGAAUUUUAAUCCAACACAAAAUCAAUUUCAAAAUAUUCCCAUCAAUAAUCAAGUGAUACCACAGGAGCCAAGAAAAUUAUCAUUUAGACAGAAUUUGGCAUCUUAUCGGCAAUUUCAAAAUUUCCGUGGACCAUCACAAAAUCAAGUUCCCAAUGGAUUUUUAUCACCGCGUUAUUCACCGGAAUAUGUUGCUAAUUUAGAUGAAGCUUUUUGUGAAUCAGCAAAAGAAGAGAAAGCACAAAAUUUAAAUGAAACGUACGAUCAACCAACGAGAAAUGGAAUUGAUCUACCAAAUAUUGAUACCACAACAUUGACAAAUAAUGCCACAUUUAAUGAUGAUACAUUGUCAAUUGAAUUCCUGCAAGAUUCACCAUCACCAUCCGAUGAUGGCACUUCAAAAGGAAAAGACUUGGCUGUUAAUACUGACAUUGUACCAAAUGCACCAUUUCGAAAGAAAAAAGCACAAAAAUUGGAGCAGUUAAUGUUAAAUGCAAUAAAUUCGCAAAAUGAUGUUGUCAAUAAGAUUCUCACUGCACAAAAUGAUAUGGUCACAAAAUUCCUCGACUUGGAUCGCAAUCGUCAGAAUAGAUUAGAAAAUCGUCUCGAUCAUUUAUUGGACGUUGUGCAAGCGACCGUGCUGAAUAAAUCAUCAGAUCGUGAAUCCGAUCAACAAGAGCCGAUAAUAACUAAUUUACUUCCACCACCAAAAUUAGGAAUUGUUCCACCAAAAUUGGAUUUGGUACCACCAAAACCUUGUCGAUUUCCAUCCACAUUGACAAGUACUAACACACAAAACACAGAAAUGACGAGACCUGGUGUAAUUUCACCACCACCACAACCAAAUCGAAGAAUUGGUUCAAUAUGGACAAAAUUAGGUCCCGUUUCACAAUCACCAUUCGUUAAGGCACAACAACAACUUGGCUUUCAAACAAUUCCAAGUCUCGAAUCACGAACACAAUCAUCGGCCGAGAGACGUAUUUUACAGGAGAUACGAAUGAACAUGGAUCCAAGAACUGUAAUUGAGGAGACAUUGACAUUUAUUGAAAAUGAACGACAUAUUCAAGAGAAAAUUGAAAAUGCCAAAAUUCAAUCAAACAUGAAUCAAGCGUUAACAGCGAAAAAACGUCUAUUCACCAAUCGUGAACCAACAGCGGCUAUGAUUUUAUCGGCAGCAUUUUUAGAUAAUGAAGCACAAUACAUUGAACUUGUUGAAAAUGCACGUAUAAAUUCCGGUAAUAAUGAUAUUACUCGAAUGUGUUUACGAUAUUUACAUCAACAACCAACGAAAGAAAAUGAUAAUCUUUUAGCUGGACAAGGCGAUAGCUAUGAACGUUUACGACGAUUAAAUAUUGAUGAGAAAUUUAUUGAUGAGCCCUCCGAUUCAUCGACACCGGCAAAACCAUCAGCACCACAACUCGAAUCACGACCAACAAUUCAACAAUUAGCACAGCUUGUAAUGCAAAGUUCUCGUUGGCGUGAUUUAGCGCAAAAUAAAGUAAAACCACUUGAUGCGCCACCACCACCACCACCACCACCGCCAGCACCACGAAAAGAUGUCAAUUUAAUAAGACGAGAAUUUUUAAAUGACGAUCUUCGUCGUGAAGAACAAAAACGAAUUGACUCAAGAUUAAAUGCUUUGAAACGCGAGGAACUUUUGGAAGAGGAGAGGAGAAAAAUACAAUUUUUAGAAGAUGAAGAAAGAAAAAAACGUGAAAUAAUCAAAGCAGAUGAUAGAAGAAUUAAUGAAGGACUUUUGAGGGAUAAUAAAGGAAUAGCAAUUUUGAAGGAUAAUAAUGAAAUUGCAGUUGGAGAAUUAGAGGAACGUUGGAGAAAUAAAUAUAAAUAUAGCAAAGAACAAGAUGGUAAAGCAAAAGCAUUAAAUUGGCUUCAGGAUCGUUAUUCAUAUGGGGAUCAGAUAUCAAAAAAAAUAAAUCAAGGAGUAACGCGUCCAAUUGGUUUUAGUGUUGACGAUUUAAAUAUCAUUGAAUCGAGACGGGAUAAUUAUAAAAAACCAACAUUCGAUGAGAGACUAAAAAAUAAUAGACAGAGUGUUCAUUUUUGCGAUGACAUGGGACCAUUUGGUCAAUUGAAGCAAAAUUAUGCUCAACGCUAUUAUACAUUGCAACAUCAAAAAUAUUAUAUUGAAAAUGAAGGCGCAUUGAUACCGCAAAAUCGUGAUAUGAUCGAUCAAUAUAUGCGUGAAAUUGAAUUGCGAAGAGUAAAAGAUGAUUCGGAUGAUGAAGAAUUUUUGGAUACUACUACGACAAUGCCUCCUCCAUUUCCACACACGAGAAGUUCAUUGACCUCUGAUGGAACAUUGAAAGCUGGUAAAGGAACUUGUGUUAUUAGUUAAACACUAAAAUUUUAUUUUUGCUUUUUUUUAUCGCUUUACAAAUAAUUGAAAAUUAAUUUUUAAAAUUCGAAUUUUUCGAAUUUUUUUGAAAGUAAAAAAAAAAGCUUAUUUCUUUAUCGCAGGAACGAUUUUUUUUUCGUUUUACUUGAGUAUUUUCAUUUCGAAUAUGCUCAAUGGCAAUUGAUAAAUUAUUGCAAUAAUAAUUAUGACUGAAAUAUAUAGAUUUAAACUUUAAUGUACGAUUAAAGUUAUAAAAAUUAUUAAAUGAAAGAUUUUUCUAUAAUUUUUUUUUUUUUUUUAAUCGUUAUAAGAUUUAUAAGAUAUCAUUUAUUUGAAAAAAAAUAUGUAUAACUAAAUCUAGUUGCGACAUUAUUAAUUGGAAAACAAAAAAAAAAUUAAGUAUUAUAAUUUGAGUUUAUAUUUUUAGUUUUAUAUUCCAAAAUAAAACAAAAGCUUGAUUUAUUAUUUUUUUGUUUUAUUAAAUAAAGUCGUGACUAGAAAAUAGUGAUUAAUUUCAAUAUCUUUGGAAAAAGAAAAUAUUAUCUCUUAUGUAAACAGUGCUUCCAUUUCAAUAUUAAUUUGUAAUGUUGAUAAUUUGUUAAUUACAAAAAUUCCUAUAUUUGAAAGAAUUUUCAAUUUUUCUCUUUAAUGACUAAAUUUUUUUUUUGGUUUUUUUAUUAUUCGCAAAAUGAUUGCAAAUAAAGAUAUAUUAUUUUGUUUUGCUAUUGUUUCUAUUAAAAUAUUUAAAAAUAACAAAAAUCGAAAUACUUUUGUUCAUUUAAAAAAAAAAAAAAAUGUGAAAUUUAAUUUUAAAUUAAACUAUUUUCAUUGGGAAAAAAAUUGGAAAUUCUUUAACAGAAAUAAUAAAAUGUGCCAGUGAUAAUGUUUUUGUUAAUAAUUAGUAUAUGUUAUAGUUAUUAUAUGUUCACUUUUAUAAAUAAAAACUUUUCUGAAAAGUAA